GAAUGAUGAACUUCAAUUCUUUAUCUAAGAAACACUGGAAAACACAACCAAUUUCGAAGCGUUCGAAUGGAAACCAACUUCAGAUACUUUCCUUGGCUAUUCCGAAGAGUUUAUCCAGUAACUAUCACUUCAUGGAAAGGAAACUAAAGUUUUUAUUCGAUAAUCUCCAAACAAAGCUAUUCUUUUUACAACGGGAACUCGACAGACUAUGGAAAGAACAACCUUUGGACCCCCUCUAUUCCAAAAAACAGCCUUUCUUUCCUCAAGGAUUUCGUAUUCUUGUUUUAUCUUUUUGUUUGACAAUUCUAGUAGUGAAGUUUGCGCAGUUACUAUAUGAUUGGGUAUCUUUCAUCCUAUCGAUAUUUAUUUCUGUCUUCCAUACUCCACGUGUAGGCAAGAACAAGACGUCUUCUAAAGUCAAUUCUAAUAUCCAAAUGAAUAACAAUACAACUCGAUUCCGUAAUGAUAGCUUUACACGUGUUUCCACAAUUCAACAAGAAAAAGAAACUGUCGAAUGGCUCAAUGCAUCGUUGAAAAGAUGUUGGAAGUUGUUCAAUGACAUUCUGCAACCCGAGGCAAUGAAGAUAUUACAAAAAGUUAUUCAAGACGCACUCGAAGAAGAAAGAAGACCUCUGUUGCAAUCCAUAGAUGUAGAAAGUUUUGAAUUGGGAGGACGUUCACCUCUAAUUUUUGGUGUAGAAGCUCUUCCCACCAGAUCCGAUACUGAACUUGUAUAUGAGUUCGAUUUUAGAUAUGACGGUGACGCAAAACUAUUGUUAUUGGUUCGUAUCGGACCUUUUCGACGAUUUUGUCUUCAUAUUCCAGUGAUAGUUAGUGGACUGGAUGUCGAUGCUACUUUUCGAGUUCAUUUGCGUCUAACACAAGAGAAACCAUUCAUAGGAGACAUAUCUUUAGCACUUGUCAGACAACCUAGGUUGAGUUUAGUGCUCAAGCCAUUCAAGAUUGUUGAUAUCAUGGAAGUUCCUGGUUUGAGAGUCUUUUUGCGAAGACUAUUAACCGUUGAAAUUCCAAAGCGUAUGGUACUGCCCAAUCGUCUGAUAGUUUUCAAGUUGCAGCCGGAUUCGAAUAUUAAAAGAUCUAUUUUGAAGAAAUUAUCAAAGAAGAAGAAGGACUAUGUCGGUGUAGUAAAUAUUCUAUUGUAUGGAGCAGUUAGUCUCGUAGGAACCACGACUUUGGGUCUCUCCAACCCUUUUUGUCGUAUUACAGUUGCAGACAAUACUACUCGCAGUAAAAGUGACAAAAACACUUCUGAACUUGGACGCAAGGGCGAUCCUGUUUGGAAUCAACAGUUUGAAAUGCUUGUUCGAGAUCCAGAAAACGAUUCCAUUCUAUUUGAAGUAAUGGAUCGUUAUGGAAUGCGAUAUCGUACUAUUGGAACUUUUGAAGUAAUGAUUUCUUCGCUGGUUGAAGGAAAGAAUACGGAGUUAUGGGUUCCUUUACAAGAAUCUGUAGGUUCCGAUGGAAGACUUCAUGUCUCAUUGUAUUAUAGAAAUUUUGUGGAUGAUAUUUCCCUCUUUUCAGAAUCGGUUGAUGCUCUGUACAUGAACGAGAAUGAAUAUUCGGAUGGAAAUGCAUCGGAAGCAUUGGAUAAGGAUAUCAUAGAAAAGAAUGAUGGUAGUCUCAACGAAGAAUCAAACGCAACUACUAUCAACGGCUCCAUAUAGACUGUUGAUGAAAGCCUAGAAAAUAUAGAACAAUCGAACCAAUAUUCGUAGCCAUUUAUCUACAUUUUCUAGUCUACAGUUGAAUGACAACAUCUAUUCAUCGUCAUAUUUAUCUCAAUGAAUAUAGUUUGGAUAUUGAAUUGUUUCAAAUGAUCUAGUCGUAUAAAGUUUGUCAGCUUUCU